UAUUGCUUUCUUAUUUUUCAUGUGUGUUAAGGUUAUUAGUUUGGCUAAGAUAUUGUCACUGCCAUUGGUUAGCCUGAUAUUAAAAUAAGACGGAGCUAGCUAAAGUGUGUGUGUGUGUGCAUGCAUAACUGAGCUACAAUUCGUAGGAAUGUUUUAGCUUAUUAUUUGGACAACCACCGUCCUUGCAAUAAAUUAAAUUUGUAGUCAUUUAAAACUCACAGGCCUACAAUCAGCUGGCCUAUAUUAAAAAAAACAAAAAACUGGCACACAGUGCUGAGCUGCAUCUCAAAUUAAUCUUCCAGCUCUCAGCUGACAUGUACCAGAGCCCGAUUGAUGGAUCAGUUGAUCAGUAUCAUUGGCCUGAUAUAGGUCUAUCAUGGUGACAUGGCUCGUAAUCAGUAGGGUUAUAUGUUUCCCAACAUGAUAUAUUUUUUUAAAGAACAUAAUGUGGAUUGUUUUUAUUUGUUAGCUGUAUGGGCAGCAUUUUUGUGUAUGUGAUCCCUUUUCUUAAAUUAGAUUUGCUAUAUACACAUAUUUUGCUCUCUUAGUAUUUUUAGGACCUGACUGAUACUGAAAACUUUAGGGUGAUACUGAUAAAAAGGAGUUAAAUAUUUAGAUACUGAUACAUUGGUCGAUACUCUUUUUACAGAUAGUAUACAGAUUACAGAACUUAGAAUGUAUACAGAAAUACAUGUUUUUUGCAAUGAUCGUUCAAAAUUGGUUUACACUUGUGAAUAAAUACAGCAAUAUAUCUGCAAAAUUUGACCAAAUUCACCACUCUUUUAUACUAUGCUAAACAAUCAAAAAUUAGCUCAAGUCUAGUUGAAUGAUGUUUUAAAAAUGUAUUUUCCUUUAGUGUUAAUCACAGUGAUGUUAUGAAGUAAUGUAUGAACCUGACGUAUGAUAAUAUUUAUCUCUACAGAGGAAACAUCCAUCGAAGAUUGAGCAGUACAAUAUCACUGUGGCAUCAACAUCUCGUCAGCGAAAGACCACAGCCACACCAAACAAGCUCUCAGCAAAUACACAAGCCAAGUUACCAGACCUGAUGUUGAGAGCUGCAAACAAACAUGUUCCACAAGCAACUGUUGACAAGCUUGUCAUCAAUUUCAUAUGUGAGGGUCUACAGCCAUUUGCAGUGGUAGAAUAGCCAUCCUUCAAAGAAUUGGUUACCACAUUACAACCUCAAGCCAAAGUCAUCUCCAGACCCACUGUCCGUGCCAGAAUCUGUGAAGCUCCUGAUCACAUGAAGAUGACUUUGGUUGCAGCAUUGGAUAAAGUCAAAUUUGUUGCUACCACUACUGAUUGUUGGUCAGCUCAUCAGAAAAGUUACAGCAUGAAUGACACCUACAAGAGGCUCUCCCGUGCAACCUUUGCAAAAUGCCAGGCCAUUUGGAACAAAACUGGCCGGUCUCAUUUGGCUAAUGAAGUGGUAGAGGACAAGUGUGAGCUACAGAUCAUUCGUCCCAAUGCAACACGGUGGAAUUCAACCUACCUUGCCAUUGAAAGGAUAAUACACAUCAUUGAUGAGAAGGGGGAAGAUGCCAUCAGGAGCAUUUGUGAGGAGUUCAAGGUGAAAAUGUUGAGUCCUGCAGAAGUUGCCUUCCUUAGGGAGUACUGUACCACCAUGAAGCCACUGGUGAAAACUUCAAACAUCCUUCAGUCUGAGUCCACUUCCUUUAUGGGAUGGCUCCUGCCAGUAAUCCAACAACUACUGUCCAAACUUAGCAGGCUGGAGACAUCAAGCAAGACGUGUGUCCCACUCAUCAGAGUCCUGCAAGAUGGCCUUCAAAAGCGUUUUGGACUGAUGAUAGAGGAUCCAGAGUUGGCUGCAGCUGCAGUCCUCUUACCCAAGUUCAAGACUUCCUGGACUGACAGAGCAGAUGUAAUAGAGGCUGCCUUGGCAUACAUUAAACAACAUCUUGAAACGACGGAGCAUGAGAGUGAGGAUCAGCAAAGAGAGUCAUCUGAUGAAGAUGAAUUCUUCUCCAGACCAAUCUCCAGAAGGCUGCAAAGUGCAGCUGAGCUUGAUGGUUAUCUUGCUUGUGCCACAGACACCAUGGAGCUGCUGCACUCCUUCUCAGCCAUCAAAAACCUCUCUCUUAAACUGAACACAACUCUACCUGCUUCUGCUGCGUGUGAACGACUUUUUAGCUGUGCUGGUUUACUCUUCACAGCCAAACGAAGUCGGAUAGCCUCUGUUAAUUUAGAAAACCAGCUCUUGCUGAAACUGAACAAAAGGUUCAGAAAGUAAAGUGUGACAGAAAUGCUAAGAGUUUAAGACACUUACCUGCCUGUUGUUCAGUGUAUGGGGAAAAGUUUAAACGGUUCUACGCAUGUUCAGAAACAUUUUUGUCAUUGUUUUAACAAACAAAAUUCCUUCUUUUAUAUCUACAUUUAUGUACAAAACAAGUUACCUUUCUAUACCUUGUUCAUCUGAAAAAUGUGCUUUGAACAUAAAUAUUUAUACUGGUGAAUCGAGUUGAAUGCCUGCUAUUGACGACAGAAUAAAACAUCAGUCUGUUAAAAAGUAA